AUGUCGUUCCAUUUUCCGAGGGUACUCCCACCGAUCUCUGACCGGUCUCUCUGGCAUAAUGGAAAGCACCCUAUAACGGCUAUCCCCCCCUGGGAUGCCCGCCCCAUGGUCCUCGCCGGCUAUUGAGCCGCUACGAGUAGGAGACUAGUGACGAACGAAACGAGGGCAAAUAUCCAGGCGCGUACUAGUGCAAUGUUGAGAAGGUUGGUUGCCUUUUCCAUCUAGCUGCCGAGGAUUUAGCUACACACUGAGCAGAAGCAUGAAGCAGAUGAGUUGUUUCAAGCUGUAUUGCUUCGUUUUCUUUGGUUUGAGCGCUUGGAUUCCCAGUUGUAUUGCAUAUUACUUCUCCUUUUAUACUCGCGCUGCCUUCUGCGAACCCGGAAAAGAAUCCAAUCCUACUUGUAGAUCAAAAAUUGACCUCUUUACCAACCGACUGGAUUCUGUGAAGUCGUUAAUGCCAUAUAGCUACUCAAGGUUCGAUUUCUGUACUCCUGUCAAUGGUUCAGAGUCUCCCAGAGAAAAUCUAGGCCAAGUUCUCAUAGGAGACAGGAUAUCCCCCUCUCUCUAUAAUAUAACUUUCAAGAAAGAUGAAUUUUGCAAAACUCUCUGCUCAAAAACUUACAAACCUGGUACACCAGAAGAUAUGAAAAGGCUGGAGUUUUUGAAAAAUGGAAUUGCUCUUAAUUAUCAGAACCACUGGAUAAUUGACAACAUGCCUGUGACAUGGUGUUAUGAUGUCGCAGAUGAACUACACAAAUACUGCUCCACUGGAUUUCCUAUUGGUUGCCUUGUGUCUGACGAUGGACAAGCUCACGAUGCCUGCAUGACAAGUACCUUGUUUAAUGAACAUGGGAUGCACUACGUGUUCAACCACAUCGACAUUGAGAUCACGUACCGUGAUGCCAGGACAGACAAAGACUGGGAUGGAUCUCGUCUGACAUCUGCAAAAGUUACACCAAGAAGCAUGAAACACAGAAGUGAUGGAGAUUGUUCUUAUGAUUCACCAGCUAUGGGGAUUCCAUUAGACCUCAAAGGCAAUGAUGAGCUCAAAAUUAUCUACUCAUACUCUGUCAAAUUUGUUCAAGGAGAUCCAAAUCUCAAGUGGAUGUCACGUUGGGGCUACAUCCUUGACAAAACAAAACAUGCUCAAGUCCAGUGGUUCCUCAUUGGAAAUUACUUGAUAUUUCUGCUGAUUUUUACUGGAAUUGUAUAUGUAAAAAUGUACCGCAUGCUCAAGAAAAAGACUACCUCGAGCAGUCUGGACUCUGAGGAUGACUUUUUUGCACUGUUUGGUUGGAAGGCACUUUAUGGGGAUGUAUUCCGUCCUCCUGAAAAGCCCAUGCUACUGUGUGCUGUAUUGGGCUCUGGUUGCCAGAUCACUCUCACCAUAUUUGGAACAUUAGUGUUUGCAUGUGUAGGAAUACUGUGCCCUCCAAACCGCGGAGUCUUCUUGACAUUUGCUCUGGUGCUGUUUGUUGGUCUUGGAUUUCUGUCUGGUUAUGUUUCUGCUAGAAUGUACAAAAUGUUUGGUGGUGAUUCCUGGAAAUCUAAUGUUCUGUUGACUGCAUUCCUCAUUCCUGGGUUGCUAUUUGGCGUGUUCCUGAUUUUAAAUCUUGUUCUGUUGGGCAAACAUUCAUCAUCUGCAGUCCCAUUUACAACGCUAGCCACUCUUCUGGUCAUGUGGGUUGGUAUAUUGGUUCCUCUUACUUUCUUAGGAGCUUAUCUUGGACAUCAAAAGAAGGCCAUUGAGAAUCCAUGUGAAGUCAACAAAGUACCCAGGCCCAUUCCCAGACAAAAACUUUGCACGAGGGCCAUCACAAUAUUUCUCUGCACGUUUAUACUCGCAUUUGGCAGCAUUUUCAUUCCGUACGCCCUCAUAUUAGACAGUCUUUGGUUUCAUACGGUAUACUAUACAUUUGGCUUCCUAUUUGCGGCGUUCUUACUUCUCCUCGUGGCCGUAGCAGAGACUUCGGUGCUGUUUUGCUACAACUGUCUUCGUACUGAGGAUUAUCGCUGGUGGUGGUCGUCGUUUCUGAAAGGAGGCCUUGUAGCGCUGUAUAUGUUUGCGCACUCUACUUUCUUCUUCUUCUCCAAACUGGCAAUCACAGAAACAGCCUCGAUCAUUCUGUACUUCGGCUACACUUUCAUGAUGGUUUUGAUUUUGUUCGUUUUUACGGGUGAGUCCAGUUGCUUUUUGUUCAGCACUUUGUUACAAUGCGAUUACUCGAACUGGACAUUUGUUGAUUGGUUAGUUUCAAUCCUAAAUUUUGUACGCUUUUCAACGGUUUCGGUUUAGUUGUGGCAAACUAAGUUUUCAAGCUAAAUUUUUCGAGCGAGAUUUACAGUUAUAAUAAUUCGCCAUCAAGGACUGAAUCUCUUAGAGUGUAUAUAGCGCGGAGGAGUCGAUAGUACUUGUGUAUUCAUAUCAAGCAGACCCUUCCCACAACACUUUGUUGGGUUUUCAAUUUUGUUAAGAUCUAUUCGUAUUCUUCAAUGCUGUUGGUUUGUUUGAGAGCUAAAAGAUACGGAAGGCGCUUUGUGGAAAAAAAAAUCCUUUUUUCUGCUCUAUUAAAUUUUACCUAUUUGUAGUUUUUGUUGAGGACCUUCUCGGCUUGAAGAUAAUAUAAAUUAAUAUAAUGUAUCGUGCUACUUCGAUAAUAUCAGUACAUUGUCAAGAAAAUCACCAUAUUUUGGAAGAGUAAUGUAUUUUUAUCUACUCUGAGACCUAUUACUACAUUACACGGGCAUCAGUUUUGGAACGCAAAGAAUGUUGGGGCGAGUCUCAUCUCGCGGUGCCUUGUGGGAUCGUUACUGGGGACAGUUCGACUUCUAGUCCUUUGCUUUGUUCGCAGUAACGUUCCCACAGGGUACCGCGAGUUGAGACUCGCUCCAAAUUUCCUCUCGCUUUUAAGUGGCGAAUGACGUAGCGUAAGGCCCUCUUUACACGAC